CGCUGUAACAAGAGGAGGAGGAACACAGUCAUACCUCCUCUUUUUCUACAUUAUUUAUCAACGUUGAAAGUUACAGGAACUCAAGAGUAUGUCUCUUGAUGGAGAAGAGCAAGAUGAUGAACUGCUGGCCUUAGCAAGCAUAUAUGAGGACUCCUUUGUAUCAGCAUUGGAUCAUGAUGCAGAAGAAGACUUGGCUGUGAAAGAUGAGGUCUUAAAGGGAGGAGAACUUGCGAUACACUUAGAUUUACCUCCGGAGUUCUCAAUUCUUUCUAAAAGAGUGGGGGAAAAUGAUGAAGUGCUUGAACAGAGGCUUGUGGUGGAACAUUUGCCUCCACUCUACCUUCACUUCACAUAUCCCUCCACAUACCCCUCGGAGCAUCCACCAAACUUCACACUCUCCUGCAAGUGGCUUAAUCGUGCACAGUUAACUCAGCUCUGCACCCAGUUGGAUGCUCAAUGGGAAGAGAACAAAGGAAGUGUUAUCAUGUUCACCUGGGCCCAGUUCCUGAAAGACAGCAGUCUCGAAAGCCUUGGUUUUACAGAUGAAUUAAAUUUAGAUAUUAUUAAGCCUGUUCAGAGCAUGAACAUUGGUGACGGAUUACAACAGGAGGUUCAGGGGGAAACUGGUGCUAAUGGUGAUGAAGGCAAAAUCUGUGAUAAUUCCCAUAGUGAUAAUAGUGGCAAAACUGAAGGAGCUGCAGUUGUAAGUGAAGCAGGACAUGGUAGCCUGAGCCUUGAUUCUCGAACUAUUCAGGACAUUGCUCCAAACACAAAUAUGCUCAGAUUGCUGCGUGACUAUGAUGAAGACAUGAGAAGGAAAGUCUUCAGUAAUAAGAAUUUUGAAUGUAAAGUUUGCUUUAUGGAUAAGCUAGGGAGUCAUUGUUUAGAGUUCUGGCCUUGCCAUCAUGUAUAUUGUAAAGACUGUAUGGCAUCAUAUUUUGAGGUGCAGAUCAAUGAGGGAAACAUCAAGUUCCUCAGAUGUCCUGAGGAUGACUGUGAAUCAGAAGCCAACCCAAAACAGGUUCAAGAGCUUGUCUCAGAAGAUAUGUACAAGAGAUGGGAUGAAAUGUUGCUCAACACUACACUGUCUGCAUUGGGUGAUAUCCAGCCUUGCCCAAGGAUGCACUGCCAGUAUCCUGUGACUAUAGAAGAAGGCCAAGGGUCCUGUCCUUCAUGCAAGUUUGUCUUCUGUGGUUUGUGCAGAUUUGGGUGGCAUGGGAUUGAGCCUUGUAAGCUGAAGAAGACUGAAGCAAGGCAAGCCUUAGAUCUGUAUGUAAGUGGAGAUGCUGAUGCCAAGCGUGAACUUGAAAGAAGAUUUGGCAAGAAGUACAUGGAAUUGCUGAUGAACGAGUACCUUUCCCUGAACUACUUGGAAGAGAAUUCAAAGCAGUGCCCCAAAUGCUGUGCCAAGAUUGAGAAAAUCUCUGGUUGCAACAAGAUGACUUGUCACCGUUGCAGAGUAGAUUUCUGCUGGCUGUGUAUGCUCUAUUUAGACAAAGAACGUCCUUAUGAUCAUUUCAACAAAGCGAAUGGAGCUUGUUAUGAUAGGCUGUUUGAAGGUGUUGAGGAUGAAGAUGAUGAUUGGUAGUAUGAUUAA